GAGAGGUUUGGGGAGUUUGGACGAUGCAACGCACUCAGAAACUCUAACCGACCGCCUCAAACACUCAACAUGCUGCAGCCGAGACCCUGGUGUUUUCUGUCCUCUGUCAUCUUCUUCAUCUGUCUUCUGCCAGCUGAUGGACAGACAGUCACAGGAGGAGGAGGAGGAGGAGGAGGUGUGGAGAGGAUCCAGGUGAUGUUUACGCCAACCAUAUGCAAGGUGCGCUGCAGCCUGGACCGAUGCGUCAACUACUGCGAGAGAGGCAACGUGACCACGCUGUACAGCAGCAGCGAAGCGGCGUUGGCGGCGGCGGCGGCGGGAGCGAGGAGAGACAGCUCCCAUGGACUGGGCUUCAGAGUCUCUCCCGGCCCCUCCAUGGUGAAAGUCAUGGUGCAGCACCCCCCUGAGGCCAGCGUGAAGAUCCACCAGGUGCGAAAGGUGUCUGGAUUCAGCCCCACGCUGCGGACGCUCUCCUCCAGCUCACACUCGGGGUCGGCAGGUGCUCCGGCCCCGGCGGCUCCGGCGGCGGCCCCGGUGGCCCCGCCGGCAGCGGGGAUCCAGGCCCAGACGGUGACGGGCGACGGCACGUACACCCAGUACUCCGGGUUUAAGUACUGCUUCAGAGAGGUCAAAGACGGACAGUGCAGCUCUCCUCUGCCUGGACUGAGGAGUAAAGAUACCUGCUGCAGAGGCAUCGGGAAAGCCUGGGGGACCACGGACUGUGUCCUCUGUCCUCCUAAUACAGGUGAAAUUAACAGCAGCUGUCCUGUUGGGUUUGAGAGAGGAAACGGGACACAGUGUGUCGAUGUGAAUGAGUGCCUCCAGCCGGGGCUGUGUGAGAACGGGAUCUGUGUGAACACCGGGGGGAGCUAUAGCUGUGUGUGUAGGGCGGGGUUCAUCCUCGACGCCUCACAUGGAAUCUGCAUCUCUCAGAGUGUGAUCUCGGACGAGAAGGGUCAGUGUUUCCGCGUCCUGGGUUCGGGUCAGGGUCCGUCCUCCUGCUCCCUGCCCAUCCUCAGGAACAUCACCAAGCAGAUCUGCUGCUGCAGCCGAGUCGGCAAAGCCUGGGGACCAAACUGCCAGAGAUGUCCUUACUUUGGUUCAGUGGCCUUUAAGGAGAUCUGUCCAGCAGGUCCUGGUUACCACUACUCAGCUUCAGCCCUGCAGUUCAACCAGAGAGCCACCGAGCAGCUGGGGGGGCGAGGAGCUCCGCUGGUAACCCACGGCGACCAGGAUAUGCAGGGUGCCGGUUCUGGAUCCAAUAGCAGUGCUGGAGCCUCCAGGUCUCAGCAGACACCCACUUCCUCUGGAGCAACAGCAGGUGAGCCUCCGCCCCAGCAGCCUCGUCCUCAGCAGCCGCAGCGUCAGCCUCCACCUCAGCAGCCUCCACCUCAGCAGCCUCCACCUCAGCAGCCUCGUCCUCAGCAGCCUCGUCCUCGUCCUCGUCCUCAGCCUCAGCUUCCACCUCAGCAGCCUCGUCCUCAGCCUCAGCCUCAGCAGCCUCGUCCUCAGCAGCCGCAGCAUCAGCCUACGCCACAGCAGCCUCGUCCUCAGCAGCCUCAGCCUCGUCCUCAGCCUCAGCAGCCUCGUCCUCAGCCUCAGCAGCCUCGUCCUCAGCCUCAGCCUCAGCAGCCGCAUCAGCCUACACCACAGCAGCCUCGUCCUCAGCAGCCUCAACCUCGUCCUCAGCAGCCCCACCCUCAGCCUCAGCAGCCGCAGCAUCAGCCUACACCACAGCAGCCUCGUCCUCAGCAGCCUCAACCUCGUCCUCAGCAGCCUCAACCUCGUCCUCAGCAGCCGCAGCAUCAGCCUACACCACAGCAGCCUCGUCCUCAGCAGCCUCAACCUCGUCCUCAGCCUCCACCUCAGCAGACGCAGCGCCCAUCCGACACGUCCAAUAACAACGCACCACAAAUAAAUAAAGAGCCCCCAAGAGUGUACUCUUGGGGGUACUCUAACCCCGCUGAGCUCGAGCCACAGAGCCCUGGGCAUGGGUCGAGGCCCAGCGGAGAGACCGUCAGCACGACGAGCCGGCCGACCCGAGUCCAGCCAGUGCGAGGUGUGUGUGAGAGCAGACCCGGUGUGUGUGGACACGGCCGCUGCGUGGAUCAGCCAGGUGGAAAAUACACCUGUGUGUGUGAUCAGGGAUACCAACCCAACGCCCAGCGCACGUACUGCCAAGAUGUGAACGAGUGUGUGCAGUCUCCGGGUGUGUGUGCGGUGGGAGAGUGUGUGAACAGCGUCGGCAGCUACAGGUGCGUGUGUCCCGCCGGAUACCGGAGCAGCCAGCAGACCAGUUGCCACGACAUCGACGAGUGCCAGCAGAAUCCCUGCAGCAACGGUCGCUGUGACAACACGCCCGGCAGCUACAGGUGUGUCUGUCGCCUUGGUUACAGGCUCAGCGGCAACACCUGCACAGAUAUAGACGAGUGUGAGGAUCCUCUGCAGUGUCCAGGUCAGGAUUGCAGAAACACUCCCGGCUCGUAUCGCUGCGUCUCCUGUCAGCCUGGAUACAGACUGAUCAACAGCAUCUGUACAGACAUCGACGAGUGCCGCCAGACUUCCUGCUCCAACGGCCGCUGUGAAAACACACCUGGAAGCUACCGCUGCAUCUGUCACUAUGGUUACAAGCUCCAGAACAACACCUGUGCAGAUGUGGAUGAGUGUGCAGAGCCGUCUCAGUGUCCGGGUCAGAUGUGUGUGAACACUGUUGGAUCGUACCGCUGUGUAUCCUGCCAACCAGGAUACACACUGACCAACAGACAGUGUACCGAUAUAGACGAGUGUACAAAUGAGGUGUGUGAUGACGAGCAGAUGUGUGUGAACACCUUCGGCUCGUACAGAUGUGAGUGUCUGCCUGGGUAUCGAACCGCCGGCCAUGGGAGACAGUGCAGAGACAUUAACGAGUGUUUGGAGGGUGACUUCUGUUUCUCCAGAGGAGAGUGUAUGAACACGGCGGGAUCCUACACGUGUGUGUGCUCACAGGGAUUCAAACUGAGCGACAACAAGACCACCUGCCUCGAUGUGGAUGAGUGUCAGAGGUCAGGUUUGUGUUUGGACGGUCGCUGUGUGAACACUGAAGGCUCCUUCGAGUGCGAGUGUCAAACCGGCUUCACCGCCAACCCCGAGAAGACGACCUGCCUCGAUGUCGAUGAGUGUGUGUCAUCUGGAGGUUCAGUUUGUGGGUCAGAGCGAUGUGAGAAUAUGAUUGGUUCGUACCGCUGCCUCACUUCCUGUGAGCCGGGCUACCAGGUCACCUCAUCAGGCAGGUGUGCAGACAUUAACGAGUGUGUGAAUCAGACGGUUUGUGGAGCUCACGCUGUGUGUCAGAACCUGGAGGGAACCUACCUGUGUGAGUGUGACCGCGGCUUCACCUCCACCGCCGACGGGAAGGCCUGCGUGGAUGAGGACGAGUGUGUGACUAUGCCAGGUGUGUGUGGUUCGGCUCGCUGUGAGAACGUGGAGGGAUCCUUCAUGUGUGAGUGUGACAGACGAGGGGACGAGUUCGACACCGACACCAGGGAGUGUGUCAACACUGCACCACCAGAUGAAGCUGCCCCCGUCUACCCCCCCCCCUCCUCCUCCUUCCCGUUCAGCGCGGUGGAUCUGCCCCCCCUCCCCCCGCUGCAGCCCGGAGAGCUGAGAGAGUGUUACUACAACCUGGCAGAGAGAGGAACCUGCAGCCUGCUGGCUACUAACACCAGCCAGCAGGAGUGCUGCUGCACUGUGGGAGAGGGCUGGGGGCUGGGCUGCCAGUACAACACCUGCCCCCCCCCACACACAGCCGAGUUUCUGUCUCUGUGUCCCAGUGGGAGAGGAUAUGUGACCACAGCAGCAGGAGCCUUCAGCUACAGAGAUGUGGACGAGUGUAAGCGUUUCCAUCCAGAGGUUUGUAAGAACGGCGUGUGUGUUAAUAACAUCCCCGGAUACAACUGCUACUGCUCCAGUGGAUACGUCUAUAACGGCACACUGCUGGAGUGUGUGGAUCAUGAUGAGUGUGAGGAGGAGAGUUGUGUAGGAGGAGUGUGUGUGAACACAGUUGGUUCGUAUUACUGCAGCUGUGCGCCUCCUCUGGUUCUCGACGACACACAACGAAACUGUGUCAACUCCUCCCACCUCACUGUGGAUGAGAACCUGUCAGUCUGCUGGCAGUUCAUCUCCGACGCAGACCUCAUGUGUCAGAGUCCGCUGGGAGCUCAGGUCACCUACAUCGACUGCUGCUGUCUGUACGGGGAGGGCUGGGGGUUUGAGUGUGCUCUGUGCCCCCCCCCCGACACCGAGGACUACGCCAGCCUGUGCAGUUCGUUCCCUCCUUUGUAUCCGGAGAGGUUUCCAGACGCAGCAGGAUCAGAAACAGGAUUGAGACCAGGAGCUGGACGAGGAGGAGGAGGAGCUCUUCCGUACUUCCCUCCCUACGGUCCGGACUCCUUCCCUCCAGCUGUUCUUCCCGGCAGAGACUUCAGCCGCCUGGACUAUGACGAUUACUCUCCAGCAGGGGGCAGCAGGUCUGGCUUCAGAGGGAGGACGCCUGCCACCUUCAGCCUGCCUGACGGGUCCUACGGCAGGUCGGAGUACGGUACUGGUUACUACUCUGAAGGAGACUACAGCCCCCCCGACGGCUCCCCACCCAGACCUCCCUCCUUCCGCCUGCCCCCGGACCCCCGAGCAGAGACAGGCUUCGGUGCUCGGCCCCCUCCUCCGUCCAGGCCCGACGGUCCUCCUCUGAGCCUGGCCCCGCUGGCUGGAGACUCCUACGAGGACCAGGAGGAGGAAGAGGAGGAGCCGUGGAGGCCCGGUCCGCCUUUCCCUCCCUUCACUGAGACGAGAGGAGGAGGAGGAGGAGGAGGAGGAGGAGGAGGAGGAGGAGGAGGAGAGGGAGCGCCGAGGAGAGUCUUUGAGAGGCGCUACGAGUCCUACGCCGGCCUGAGCACCGCAGACGAUUGUGGGAUACUGCACGGCUGCGAGAACGGCAGGUGCAUCCGCGUCGCCGAGGGUUACACCUGUGACUGUUACCAAGGUUACGAGCUGGACAUGACCUCCAUGACAUGUAUAGAUGUAAACGAGUGUGAGGACAGCGCCAGCGUGGAGUUCCCGUGUGUGAAUGCUCGCUGUGUGAACACUGAAGGAUCUUUCCGCUGCGUCUGCAGGAGAGGAUACAUCAUGUCCCGCAGACCCAAUCACUGUGUGGCUGCGUAGAACCAGACCGGACCGGAGACUGGACGGGACUAAACUAGCUUGGGUUUUACUACAGGACUAGAUUAGACAAACUCGACUUGACCAGGCUAAGAUGUACUGGCCUAAAAUACUCAGUAGAUGGUGUGAAACUGGUUAAACUGGUUAAACAACACAAAGGUUACACCAGUUCACGCCUGAUUGAAGUCAAACUGAAAUUUAAAUCCUACAUAUAUAUUUGUUUUGUGCAAAGAAACAAUGAUAUUAAUAAUUCUGCAUAUAUUUCAAGAGGAUACAACAUUUAUUAGACAUUGUUAUGGAAACAGUGUCUAAGCUUUAAGCCUCUGUGGGCUGUUCCCAUGGUAACAGCUGACUAACAUUUACUGGCAUUGCUAUGAGAUGCCCCAUUAAUGUCUGUGGUGUAUUACUGACUGAGGCAUCAAUAAUAAUGUUUUCACAAGCCCACGUAGCAACAGUUAUGUUUUAUUAGUGAUUUAAUCAUCUGUCCCUGUACAACGUUACAUUUCAUACAGGAAGUGAAAGCUUGUUAGCCCAGCUUGCUAACGUUAGCACUGAAUCCCACUCAGCGUUACUUUGUCUUGACGUUAUUUCAACGAGUUGUUCUGUCACUGCAACACAUGACAUGAAUGAAUGAAUGUACAGAGCCACAAAAUAACGUACAAAGUAACGUACAAAGACACAAAGUAACGUACAAAGUAACGUACAAAGUAACGUACAAUGUAACGCACAAUGUAACGCACAAAGUAAUGUUAAAAUAGUCAUAAAGUAACGUACAAGAACAUAAAAUAACGUACAAAACCAUAAAGUAACGUACGAAGUAACGUACAAAAUCCUAAUGUACGUCAUAAAGUAACGUACUAAAUCAUAAAAUAACGUACAAAACCACAAAGUAAAGUACAAAACCAUAAAGUAACAUACAGCGACAUAAAGUAACGUACAGAUUAGAGAAAACGGUAAGUAACAAACUAACAUACAAAAAGUUACAACGAAUGUACAGAGUCACGAAGUAACUUACAGAGUAGCGUACAGAAUAACGUACAGAGUAACGUACAGAGUAACGUACAGAGUUAUGGGACAGAUGUGACUAAAGAACGACAAACGACUUCAGUCUAAACCAAAAAUGUUCCCUUCCUGGAAGCAGGCUAGGCAGCAGGGGGCGCUAUCACUGCAGAAAAAUAAAUAAAGCUUACAUUUCCUCUUUUUGUUAAUUACAAUUAUGACCAAAUAAAUACAUAAUAAGUAUAGGUCAGACACUAAAGAUAUAUUUACUUAAUUCUUAGCAAAAAUGUAUUUUAAUUUCAGUUUGACUUUAAGCGACUCGACUCGACAGGAACAAACGACUUUAGAAUAAACUUCACCACGCAGGGUUCGACAGCUCGUCCAAAAGCCCUGAAUCCAUAAAGACGAACUUUUACACUAAAUCCACUUUAGAUUUACUGUUCAGUUGAUUCUGGAUCCGGUCUACGUAGAGUUCACUAUAGCAGCUGUUCUUUGACUUCUUCCAGUAUAAAAACAGUGUAAGCAGCUACCGGUCGAUCGUACACUGUGAGCGUAGAAGUCGUACGUAAAGAGCGAUUAAAAUGUGCAGAUUGAGUUAAAACAACAUACAAAACACACAAUGAUGAAUAAAAUCAUGUAGCAGUCACGAAACCAGUCCGAACCAGUCCAGUUGUUGAAACCAGGCCAACUGCACUGGGUACCAAGCUGUGCCCAAAGUUCAUGUGUUCGUUCUUCCAGCCGCGGCAUUACCUGCACAUUUAUAGUGUAUUAAAGAAGUCUGGUUACGUCAUUUUCAGAAGCGGGAGAGAGAGAGAUGUGUGAAGUUGUGCAGUAGAAGAAGAAAGUCGAGUGUGUUUUUUUUUUUAUUGUUUUUUUUUUUAUUUUUAAAGGAAACUAACCAGGUUGAACUGGGUGACGGCAGAGAAAAGACGUUAGCAUCGUCUUAUACUGUAGAUUUCUGCGUCGCCUCCUCUGACGCUCACUGAAAGAGCUCAUUGUAAUAUUUACAACAUUAAAUAUAACCAAAAAAAAAAGCACCAGGUUACUAUUCACACACCAGCAAUCUGUUUAAUGUAACAAAGAUUUGAAGGAUGUGCCGCAUGAGGUAAAAACAAAAAUACUGUCAGACUUAAAUAAUGAAUUAUAUGUGAAGUAAAAACAAUUACAGUAAUUAAACUAAAGCUUAAAUUACAACCAUAUUCCACGUUUUGAUAUUAGCUUGAGAUUUAAUACAGCGAUGAUAUCUGACUUAUAUUCUGACUUACUAUGUAUGCUAAAAAACUGAAGGAGUUUCGUUACGUUAAGAAAUAAAACGAGCUAACGUACCAAAAUCAUAAAGUAACGUAAAAAGUAAAAAAGUAACGUACAAAGUCAUAAAGUAACGUACAAAAUCUAAGUUACGUACAAAGUCAUUAAUUAACGUAAAUAGUCAAGAUAACGUACAAAGUCAUAAAGUAACGUACAAAAUCUAAGUUACGUACAAAGUCAUUAAUUAACGUAAAUAGUCAAGAUAACGUACAAAAUCAUAAAGUAACGUACAAAAUCUAAGUUACGUACAAAGUCAUUAAGUAACGUAAAUAGUCAAGAUAACGUACAAAAUCAUAAAGUAACGUACAAAAUCUAAGUUACGUACAAAGUCAUUAAGUAACGUAAAUAGUCAAGAUAACGUACAAAAUCAUAAAGUAACGUACAAAAUCUAAGUUACGUACAAAGUCAUUAAUUAACGUAAAUAGUCAAGAUAACGUACAAAGUCACAAAUUUCGUACAAAAUCAUAAAGUAGCGCAAAAAGUCAAAGUAGCGUUCAAAGUCAUAAAAAUAAAUUGAGCUCAUAGAGGCGUAAAUACUGAGGCGAUGAGACUAAAAUCCCUCCAGUUGAUUAUUUUAAUUGUUUAAUUUUAUAUUUUGACAAUUUUAUCUCCCAAAAUGACGGUGGUGACGGCCUGGAUGCUAAUUCUGCUGAAUAAAUAGUAAUUGAAUUUAUUUGAAGUUAAUUUGAUCAGUUUUGCCUCAAUGUAUAAUUACACAAUUUAAAAUGCGUGUAAAUUAGUGAAUGACGACAGUGAAACUACGGCCCUGUUUUAAUGAUGAAUCAUUAAUUAGGAUUUACUGUGAUUGACUUUCUAGCCUUAAAAAAAACGUGAGAAAUAAUGGAAACGGUGUCAUAAGAUUUUUUUUUUUUAAACAUAUUUUCGACCCGUUACAGUCGGCAACUCAAGCUUCUUUUUGUCUUUUUUAAUCUGUAUUUCUUCAUCCUGACAGACUCACAUUAGAUUGGAUAAAGGUUUUAUAAUCAACACUGUGUAUGUGAACAGUUCAAUAAUUAAACACUAUGAUUUUAUCUUCACUUAAGUCAAGAAAAAAUGAAAGAAAAACAUGUUAAAAUAUAAGUUUCUCCGUUUUUAUUAUACAAACUGAAUGUUGAUGAAUUACUGACAUGUCUGUAUUUUUUACAUUUGUUGUUAGAUUCAUAAAAGCUUUUCUUUUUCUUUUUUUUCUUCAGCACAUAAAUACAAACUUCAGUGCAGCUUCCUCUCUCUGAAUGUUACUGGAAGCUGUAUUCAGUCAUAUUGUGUAUAUAUAAUAAUAAUUAUAAUAAUUCACAUUGUUUCCCACAGUAAUCCUUAUUGUUGAAACUGUAAGAGAGUGUGUUUAUUGUGUUUUUUUUAUUAUUAUUAUUAUUAUUAUUUUAAACUUUCUAAUAAUGUAGUUAACAAUGCUGAAUGCGAUGUGAUUUCCUUCCUCAGCACCUGAAGUUUGAUGUAUAACAUGCACUGUAUGUGCCAGAGACGGCCCACCGCUUAUUAUUCUGUACAUUGUUUCAAUUUCAGUCUCUGGUGCGUUUUUGUUUUUUUGGUUGUUUUAAAAAAAAAAAUGUGAUUAAUGAUUCACAUUUUUCUGAAUCAUCAUCAUCAUCAUCAUCAUCAUCAUCGUUGUUGUUUGUAUGACAAGAGAUGAAAAUAUAUUUGCACACUUUUAUUGA